AUGCAGCCUUCGCUGAUACAUCCUUUUGCGAUCAAGGCCUUGCAACGUGCGCAGGAAGCUUUGGGAAGAAAGGUGCUGAGCUGUGGUAGCGGUGACUCGCGAGUUGCUGCACGUGAAAAUCUGCACGCUGGUCCCCAGCUGCACGUCACCGAGAAUAGAACUGCACUCCGGCGCGAGACUUUGCUAUUUUUCGAGCCUCGAGGGAUGCAGGAACUGCGUAUCAAAAGCGCGCCACGCCGCUGCCACACCUCGCAUCGGCAAACGUCAAAACUUCCCGAGGACGGCAAGACCGCAAGACACGUUUCGGCCUUUGCCCGCCCCCAGCGUUCCCACAAAGCAGCUUCCAUCAACACGUUCGACAAGCUUCCAGCGGACGUCCUUCCAGCUGAUCGACAUUCGGCAUAA